CCUCACAAAACCGUUAGUCUUACAACAGUCUAGUUCUUUGCUAAAUCUUGGUGUUAGUGUUACACUAACUACUGUAACUACACAGUGGAGGGGACUGAAGAAGGUGGUCACUUUUACAACACAGGCAAGCAUAUGAUGGCUGGCUAAACCCCAAAAAACGCGAGAGCAAAACAAGAGCCAACAAUGGCGAAAGUGACGGAAAGCAAGCUCCACCACCAUUCACUGUACCGCCAACGCAUUCUCCGUUCCCCGUUAAAACGUUAUCUCUUUCCCGCCACCACCUGCCGAAAUUAUAUUCCGUUAUAAAAAAAAGCCUUCGGUACGGCUCCCAGUGGAAAACAGUAAGGAAACAGACCCACACCACCAAACAUUCUCCUUCCAAAAACCCCUCCACUCCAGGGGUUUCUCUGUGCCCACAAUUCCACCAUGCAGAUUCCACUCCUGCUUUACUGCCUGAUUCUCGCCGCUCAUCUGAACGGCGCCGUCUCCUCCUCGCCGCCGGAGUCCGUCAACAUCGGAGUGGUUCUCUCCUUCGGCUCCAUCAUUGGCAAAGUUUCCAAAAUCGCAAUCCAGGCCGCCGUCGCCGACGUCAACUCCGACCCCUCCGUUCUCCCCCAAACCAAGCUCCUCGCCACGGUGCACGACACCAAUUUCAGCGGAUUCCUCGGCAUCGUCGAAGGCAAUGCCUAUCUUAAUCUUAAUCUUAAUCUCAAUCAACAUUUUUGUUGUUUGCUCAUUUGUUGCUUAACAGUGUCCGAAUCCCUAAUUUGAUUGCAGUGUUGAGGUUGAUGGAGAGCAAGACGGUGGCCGUAAUCGGCCCCCAGUCGUCGGUCACAGCUCACGUGCUGUCAUUCAUCGCGAACGAGCUCCAGGUCCCGCUGCUCUCCUUCUCAGCCACCGACCCGACGCUCAACUCGCUGCAGUUCCCCUUCUUCGUCAUGACGUCGCAGAGCGACCUCUACCAGAUGGCCGCCAUCGCCGACAUCGUGGAGCACUACGGGUGGAGGGAGGUGAUCGCGAUCUACGGCGACGACGACCACGGCCGGAACGGGAUCGCGGCGCUCGGCGACCAGCUGGCGGCCAAGAGAUGCAAGAUCUCGUUCAAGGCGCCGCUCAGCCCCAAGGCCACGAGGGAGGAGAUCACCGAUGUCCUGGUCCAGGUCGCUUUGACCGAGUCGCGGAUUCUCGUCCUCCACGUGCCGGAUUAUUGGGGGCCGACGGUCUUCACCGUCGCACGGUAUCUCGGGAUGAUGAACGCCGGCUACGUCUGGAUAGCCACCAAUUGGUUCUCCACGAUUCUCGACACCGAGCUUGAUCUUGCUCCCGAGGCGGCGGAGGAUGUGCAGGGCGUCCUCACGCUUCGGAUGCACACCCCCGAUACACAGCUCAAGGCGGAGUUCGCGUCCAGGUGGCCUAACUUGACCGCCGGAGCCGGCGCUGGGAGAAUGGGGCUCAGUGCUUACGGCCUGUACGCUUACGACACUGUGUGGAUCCUGGCCCGAGCGCUCGACGCAUUCUUCGCCCAAGGGGGAAAUGUCAGCUUUUCAAAGGAUUCCAGGUUAGCGGAGCUCGGGGGAGGAGACUUACGACUGGAUGCAAUGAGCAUGCUGGACGGCGGGAAACAGCUGCUGGAGAGCAUCUUAAACGUGGAUAUGUUGGGAGUGACGGGUCGGGUCAAGUUCGAGCCGCCAGAGAAGGACACCUUGAUUCGCCCCGCAUACGAAGUCAUCAAUGUGAUCGGGACAGGACAUCAGAGGAUCGGGUACUGGUCGAAUCACUCGGGUCUCUCCGUUGACCCGCCGGAAACACUCUACUCGAAGCCGGUCAACCGGUCCAGCUCAAACCAGCAUCUGGGACCCGUUUUCUGGCCUGGGAAGACUACCCAGAAGCCUCGGGGAUGGGUGUUCCCAAACAACGGGAGACAUUUGGCGAUCGGGGUUCCUAACCGGGUCAGCUACCGUGAAUUCAUUGCUCAGGUGCCCGGAACGGAUAUGUUUUCCGGGUACUGCAUCGACGUCUUCACGGCCGCCGUCAACCUGUUGCCGUACGCCGUGCCUUACAAGCUGAUCCCGUUUGGUGACGGAGUUGACAACCCCAGCUUGACGGAGCUCGUCCGUUUGAUGGCGGCCGGCGUUUAUGACGGCAUAGUCGGCGAUGUUGCCAUCAUUACUAACCGGACGAAGAUGGCUGACUUUACACAGCCGUACAUCGAGUCUGGGCUGGUGGUGGUGGCGCCGGUAAUGACGAGGAACUCUAAUGAAUGGGCGUUUAUGAGACCCUUCACCCCAGCAAUGUGGGUGGUCACGGGUGUUUUCUUCCUCAUCGUCGGUGCGGUUAUUUGGAUAUUGGAGCACCGGCUGAAUGACGACUUCAGAGGCCCGCCGAGAAGACAAGUCAUCACCAUUAUAUGGUUCAGCUUUUCAACAUUGUUCUUCGCUCACAAAGAGAACACCGUGAGCACCUUGGGGCGGAUCGUGCUGAUCAUAUGGCUGUUCGUUGUUCUGAUAAUCAACUCAAGCUACACGGCCAGCCUGACCUCAAUCUUAACAGUGCAGCAGCUUUCUUCACCCAUCAAAGGAAUCGAGACCCUGAGAACUAGCAACGACCCCAUUGGUUACCAACAAGGUUCAUUCGCCCGGGACUACUUGGUUGACGAACUUGGUUUCCAUGAAUCCAGGAUGGUCCCACUCAAGGGCCCCGAGGACUGCGAAAGGGCCCUAAAAGCUGGUCUUCACAAAGGCGGCGUUGCUGCUGUAGUCGACGAACAGUCAUAUCUCGAACUAUUCCUUUCGACCAGGUGCGACUUCAGUAUAGUAGGUCAAGAGUUCACCAAGAACGGCUGGGGAUUUGCCUUCCCGAGGGACUCUCCACUGGCAGUUGAUCUGUCCACUGCCAUUCUCAAGCUGUCCGAAAACGGAGAUCUUCAGAGGAUUCAUGAUAAAUGGCUGAUGAGCAGCGCUUGUAGCUCGCAAACCACGACUUUUCAAGUAGACAGACUUCAGCUCUCAAGCUUCUGGGGACUCUUCCUCAUAUGUGGCUUGGCUUGCCUGAUAGCCCUCCUGCUAUAUUUUCUCAACAUUGCCAGACAGUUUAGCCGCCACCAGCAGGCAGACAUGUCCCACUCUUCUUCUUCCUCCUCUGCUGCUCUCUCCCUCUCGUCAGCAUCUGCUCGUCUUCAGACUUUCUUUUCGUUCGUGGAUGAGAAAGAGGAGAAUGUUGCAAGCCGGUCCAGGAGGAGGUCGCUUGAGAGAGCAUCUAACAGAAGCGAGCGCGAAGCUGGCAAUGGGGAGACUCAAGAUUCCAAGGCAGGAAGACAGGUUGAGUUCUCUACAAACAAGGACAUUGGUAUUGAGAACGGAGUCUAAGGCACGUUCUUCAUUACAAUUCACACAUCUAUACAAUUCAACUCAAAGCAGCCAGUGGAUGGAUAUAGGACAGUGCACAAGAUCGGAUCAGGCUGAAGGAAAUUAUAUUAGAUGAAGUUGCUUGAAAUAUGAUUACAGUAUCAUUAGAAGUCUUACAGAUCUUAUUUACAGUACCUAUAAUAUAAUCACAUGCUGCUUCCAGGCUCCAUGGCAGCUACAGAGCGCCUCGAAAUCCAAAUCAAACCAUUCCGAAGUACUUGCGAAAGCAUUCCUCUUCUGCAAGGUAUCUCCGAGCAACUUGGUAAACUUCGAUCAACAGCUUUGGGAAUCGAGUGGCGAAAUACCCAUCAUAGCCGUCUGGAACUGGUCCAACUACCUCCUGGAUUUCUUCAGGGAGCUCUCUGUAGUGAUUCAGCUUGUUGCGCAUGAGGCGCAGCAAGUCCCUCACACUGUCAUACUUAUACCGACGAUAACGGCCGACGUUGUUAAUGAACGAGGGCUCCAUCUUCUCAUCCCAUUUUCCGCCUCCCAGCACCGUCGGUGCAACGCUCUCCAAUGCUGCCAAAAGAUCGGAAUUGCUCUCUCGAUCUUCUAGUUCCACCCUGUCACUGGUGUCUCGUAGAAAUGAAAGUCUCGUCUCAGAACUCCAGAACAUGGGAUGCUGCAGAACUUCGUGCGCCUUUGGUCUGACCAUAAAUAGAGGCAACAUUGUCAAUGAAUAAGUUUUGAGCAACCAUGAAAGCAUGCAGGUACUUUUCUGCUCAUACAAGGAUAAUGCCACUGACUGAAAGAAAGAUUCCACAGCAAAUAAUACCUAAGUUCAGGUUCAGGGUUUAAUAAACUGGAAAUAAGAUUCUCAGCCUCCGGGAGAUGCUCUAACAAGUAUAGAUUGAUUUGGUUCUUCACUAUAUUGAUAUCACGUUCGAGUGGUUCGCCGAACGGGUGUCUACCACCAGUGAUGCAGAAAAAGAAGACGCAGCCUAAGCCGAAUAAAUCCACUGAACGUGUUUGGCGGCCAUGGAGAAGCUGUUCAGGCGCUUGCCAACCUGAGCUACCGCAUCCUACAAUGUCAUUAAACUGUUUCUAUUAGCAUAUAUGUGUUAAACUGGUAUUAUUUCCAUUUCAUAGACUAAACUAUAAAAGCUCACCAGUUGCUUGAUGGCCCAACGAAGACAUAUCUUCUAGCAGCCGCUUACUUAUGCCCAUGUCAGAAAGCUUUGCACACAAAGAUCUUUCCUUGCUUAUCAAUACAUUUUGCGGCUUCAAGUCCCUGUGAAUUAUUCCUAGCUCAUGCAAAUGUGCAAGUCCAGAUACCAUAUCCCUCAUGAGUGCCAAGAGAAGAGCUGAUGGAUGACCAUUUUCUUUCCACAAAUUGAGGUCCUUCAUAGCAGUCGCAACUGAAACCAACACUGAAUUAUUUUUUGCAGCUACCCUAGCUGGUUCUUUCGCAGAGGAAGGUGAAGAUCGGGAGUACAUCUGGACCAAAUCAUUCAAGCUGCAGGUACACCGUUCCAGUGACAGAUAAACAAAAUCCUUAUCAUACUCCACACCAUACCAUCGAACAAUGUUUGGAUGCCUAUCUGAUGCAAUGAGAUUCUGAACUUCUUUGAACGCCACAUCAUGAUGAGCCUGGACAAGCCUUUUAACAGCAACCCUCCUGCCUUCAUAAAUACCCUCGAGCACUAUGGUUCCAUUACUUCCCUUAGCAAUCUCAGUAUCUGAUACAUAUAACUUACCUAUUCUACGCCCAUUCACAUCAUGAUCAUCAGUAAGUUGAUUAAGAUUCAACCACAUUCUGUUACCAUCCUCAUUAACAUCUGCAUCGCUGUUAGUCUUUUUCCCCAAUCUUCUAUUCCUCUUCUUUUUAGAAGACAAAGAAUGACCUUUCAACGAUACUUUCUCAGUUGCCAGCAGCGUACGGUGGUAAAACACAAAGGCCAAUGAAAAGGUGAUAGCAAACAAACCGAAAAAUAUAAACUUUGACCACUUGAAUCUGUGGAGCACUCGUAUUUCCUCCUGCACAAUUUCCCCAGGAUCAUUUGACAAACCAAGCAUUCCUUCUGUAUCUUCAGAAUCAGCAACAAGAUCUGACACCUUGUACCCUUCAGAUUGUGUAGGAGAAGCAAAGCCAGAUUUAGGACUAGGAAGCAUUAGCUUCUCUUCACCAUCAAUAGCUGGGAUUGAAGCUUGAGGCGGCUUAUCCUGCCUUCGAACUACCAGCCGCUUUGAUUGACAAAGCAAAUCCGACGUGUCAACAGAAUCACCGUCCCCAACUGCAGCAUCAUACUUACAAAUAAAAGCAGCCUCCACAGUUGCCACUUCCACAUUCCAAAAUACCUUAUCCGAAUUGGGACCAAAAGUUUCCAGCGCAUAAUCUGUCCUCGUGACGUAAAUCAUGUCAACAGCAGCAUCUUUGGAGCUAGAUGCUGGUCGGACAUUACUGUUCUCCACAUCACCACCACCAUAUCUCUGAUGUGGUGGUAACGAAUCAGGGGAGCUGUAAGUUCGAACUAAGUUCCCACUCUUGGCCUCAAGAGCAAACACAGUGGUUUUCUUGGAGCCCAGGAUUACAGUUCCAUCCUCGGAAAUAUGCGGUGUUAUCUUAAUGAAGUCGUCGAUACCCUUGGGAAGUUUCUGCUCAAGAGUUACACAAUACAACGAUGAAAA